GCACGCUGCAGAUCCGCAUGCGCGACAACCAGCGCCGGAAGUCCAUCGUGGUGACGGGUCGCGGAGAUGUUCUCCGCUUGGAGGUCCGGCCGAGCCUGAGCUACACGCUUGGCCCUGUCAUGCCCAACGGCGAGGGAUGCUCAGAGGAGUUCUGGCUCGUCAACCCCACUGACUAUCCCAUCGAGGUUUUCAGCACCGAGUUCGAUGAGAAGCAUUUGGCCGAGGAGCGCGCUCUCGCAGACUACGAUGGUUACCACCGUGGCAUAGCCGAGGUGCCUCUCCGGCAACCCGGCGAUGGCAUGUGGAAGCAGGUUGCCAGUCGAGUUGUCGAGAUUCGCAAAGCCCGGAAGGAGGAGGCGGAAGCGGCCAAGGCAGCCAAAGAGGAGGAAGAGGAGGAGCAGCCCCCGCCAGAGGCGGAUCCUGAGGCUGAGGCCCUGGAAGCGCGUGCCGCCGAGGAGCUCGUGGCGCUUGAGGCCAUCGCAGAGCAGCCAGAUCCUCCAGAGGAGAUGGACGCAUCGAUCUAUCCUUACCGCGUCAACGGCCCGGACCGCGUCAAUGCCAUCCUUGUUGGGCCGCCAAAGUCCGGCAUGUCCACGCUUGCCCGGAUAUUGUCCAAGGAGGACAGCCGGCGCCUGCUGAAGAUCGAUGCCGUGCUGGACUGGGCCCGUGAGGCUCCGCCGUGCCUCCAUAACGACUGGAAUGCCCGAACUACCGGCAAGAAGCUCCAAGGAGGCCAGGCUGUCACCGUUCGCGAGGUCGCUCACUUGCUGAAGAAGCGCUCUCAGUUAGCGGACUGCAACACGGGGAUCAUCCUGGAUGGGCUAGAGAGCCAGCAUCUGCAGCCCAAGGAGGUCGUCGAGGCCAUGAUCGAAGCUUUCCGGGACGAGAAGGUUGUGUUGAUCACU